UUGCAAAGAAUUUGAUUCCUAAAUUAUUUUGAUCUCAUUCCAGCGCGGUUUAUCUACAAACACUGAUUCCAGUAUAAAAUAUUCAUUUUGCUUAGCUAUAUUCUAAUACUAGUUUUAAAUCUCAGAUUUUUGCAAACAAAAAUUUAUCAGGUCAUUGUUUGUCUUCUUCCCAGUUCUCAUGGAGCAACUAAUUAAAUUAAUUAUCAUAACCUUGUUAUCACUUUGCUCAAUUCUACCAUCACAACAAUUAGGCCAAGAAAGGUUUCUGAAGGUGAGCACUUAUUUCGAGGCCAGUGAGUUACAAUACGACACGACUAUUCGCGACUUUGCAGCCGAGUGGAAUGUACAACACAGUGUUUUCAAAGACGAAGUUCAGCUGGUAGAAGACAGCACAUAUCAGCUCUACUCAAGCCCUUAUGACGCGGUCAAAAACGCCAUCGGUCUCGUCAAGUCUGGAGGCCACGUGAUCAUAGCUGUCAGCAACUGUCAAUCAUCUGUUGCACUGAAAUCAUGGAGUGAUACUCACAACAUACCACUAGUCUUAAUGCCAACUGAACUUUGCAACCAAGUAGCCGAAACUCGAAAUACCGAAUUAAUUGACCAAUCAGAAAGCAGCAUUCAGAAAGCCAUCAAUUUAGGCACUACAUUAUCCAUGCAAUCUGCAAUUAAUGAACUUCAUUUUCCUGCAUUCGAUUUAGCAAUCAUGCUUGGUUUCACAAGAAUAGUUCUGAUCAUGGACGAUUUUCACUACUCACGUUUGUACAUAGAAUCCAACGCUAUCAAUUCAACAUUCAGAAGACAGUCUAGUUUCUUUGUUUACCGAAUGGACGAAGUGAAUGAUUUUUUCGACAAGGACGCAAAUAAUGCCGGCCAAGACAACUUCAUAAUUCUUGGAUCUCUCAAAUCAUGCCAAAGAUUCUUCUCCAAAGGAAACAAACACUCGCCUAUUUUGAAGAUCAAAUUCACCUGGAUCAUUUCAUGCACAGGUCUUACCGUUGAAAAUUUCAAUCUCUUGAGAUCUAGCAUGGCUAAAAUGUACUUAGUCACCAGUCAGCAAGACCUCUCGACGAAUGUUCUAGAACGUCUGAAAGCCUCGCUUCAAAACAUAACUCGAACAAUUGCCAUGUCCUUUGAGGAAAUGAACACCAGAUUCCCGACUCCGAUACCUGUCGAUUUUUCAGUCUACAACGGAUCAUGGAAAACUAUUCCAGAAUAUUCUAAGUGGGCAGCGGGUGUUGAACUGAUUCAGAACAUGAGGGAUCAUUUGAAAAAGGAAGAUCAUUCAAACCACGCGCACAGAAAUAUAUUCAACGUGUAUUACAGGAACAUCGAGCACAAGAAUUGGACCAAACUCGGAACUUGGAACCGACAAGGUGGUCUGGACUCCUCAAUCCUCUCCCACUACAAAUCUACUCUCUGGGACCCAAACCGAGUCUUGCGAGUUGUCACAGUCAUCGAACCGCCUUUUGUAUCCCAGGAAAGCGAUAGAUUACAAUAUCAGGAAAUCGGGUCUGAAGGCGUGAAGUACUACGGGUACUGCAUAGACUUACUAAGUGAGAUCAUGAGACAUUUGGGAUUGAGAUACGAGGUGUACAGUGCCAGUGCUUAUGGGUCUCUAAUUGACGACAACUGGAACGGAGCGGUGGGCGAAGUGGUAUAUGGGCGCGCUGACAUGGCAGUGAGUGGUAUGAUCAUCACUUCAGCUAGACAGGACGUGGUCGACUUCUCCUCUCGCUACAUGGACUACUCAGUUGGUAUUCUGAUCAAAAAGCAGUUCCAGACAGACGACGGAUUCGGAUUCCUCAACCCACUCACCCAGAACGUGUGGGUCUCAUUCUGUGCCCUUAUCUUCGCCGUCGGCCUAUUAAUGUACGCUUUGACCAGAAUCAGUCCCUCGGCUGAGAAUGUGAACGACUUGAGUGGCUUCACUGACUUGUCCAAGUUCAACAUGCGCAACUCCAUCUGGUUCAUGAUCUCCUCCAUCAUGAUGCAGGGAGUGGACAUACAACCGGCCACACCUUCAGGUCGAAUCAUAGGCGGAUUCUGGUGGUUUUUCUCUCUCACUGUAACUGCGAUGUACACGGCCAACUUAGCGGCCUUCCUCACUGUGAACAGAAUGGAGACCCCGAUAGACUCCCUGCAGAGCCUGGCCUACCAGAACAAGAUAUCCUACGGCACAGUAAUUAACUCACCCAUACAUCUAGACUUCAAAGAACAGGCCGAGAUGAUUCCCCUUUAUGAGCGCAUCUACGCGGCACUGGUGAAUGACUACAAGCCCAGUGACAACUUAGUGACCACAGCGGAGGAGGGAUUUGAGAAGGUGAAGAGUGGACGAUAUGCAUUCAUGUGGGACGAUGCCAUACUGCAGUGGAUUCAGACCAUACAUUGUGAAUAUAUAAGUGUGGGCAAGCCAUUCAUGAACAAAGGCUACGGCAUAGCUAUGACCAAAGGAAGUGGACUGAAAAAGAACGUCUCCUCUGCCAUUCUGAUGCUGCAGGAGGACGGGAGACUUGAGAAGCUCAGACAAAAAUGGUUCCUCAAUGCCACCGAGUGUGUCACAGGAACCAAGGACACAGACCAGGCCAGCGAGGAGGACACCAGUACAAGAGGUAUUGACCUCAGCAGUGUUAAGGGAAUUUUCUUCACUCUCAUGUUUGGAGUAUUUCUGUCCGUAUUCACAGUCUGUGGCGAAAUGUGGAUGGUCAGAAGCUGCAACAUUCAACCGAACAGAGAGACGAUUGAGGAUGAGUCGUUGCCGGACCCUGCGCAAGCGCGAUUAAAUGACGAUUCUUUUCCAUUUUUCAACACCAAUCGCCACCCGGUGGAAAAUGGAGUGUGGAAAAAGAGCAUUCAGUAUACUGAAGUACCAAACGAGGGCACCAGUAAUUUAUACAACGGAAUAUAUGCCACACCAUUUAGCCCAAAAAUGAAUGUUACUGUUACACAAAAUAACCACUACCAACUGCAGCCCUUUUACAAUUUGGGCAAUAGCAGCUUGCCUAAUGGUAGUUUCCAGCCAAAUCGGUGGAAUUAUGGUCAAAUUUUUGGAUCAUUGGAUCUCAUAAAUGAUCAAACAACUAUGCCUCUGAGACCCAAUGCAAUGCAAAGGAGACUAAUUGAAUCGCAAAACAGCGUGGAUCACAAUGGCUACCAAAUAAAUUCUGCAACUAGUAAUGGCGUGCACCGUCACCACAGCGUUGCAAAAACAAAAGAAAAUGUUUCGGCGAUUUCCACCGCUGAGCCAAAGCUGAUAUUUUACAACAGAUGAAGAACAACUUUUCAAACUGCUCGAGAGCACAAUUGCAAACUCAUUUUUAGAAAACGCUAUUUAAAAUAAAA